CACACCGGCAAGGACGACGCGGAAGGCGGAAGCACGCGGCAACUUUUGUCUUAACCGGAAGGAGCGUUUUUCGGUGGAGCGUGAACCGGUUUUGGUCCUCUCUCUUUUUUCAUUUGAUCGCUGAGGAAUGCCAACUGAGCUCACACAGAACAGGAUCCAAAAGAUCUGGGUUCCCUCUAAUGAGGAUGUACCUGCGGUACCUCCGCGCGCAGCCUAUGGGGGUCCUCACCUGGCCAACCCCCCAACUGUCAUUGUGAUGGUUGGCUUGCCUGCACGAGGGAAGACCUACAUCUCUAGGAAACUCACCCGUUACCUCAACUGGAUUGGUCUACCUACAAAAGUCUUCAAUGUGGGUGAAUAUCGGAGGGAAGCAGUCAUAUACAGCUCCUAUGACUUCUUCAAGGCUGACAAUAAAGAUGCCGUGAGGAUCCGACACCAAUGUGCCUUAGCUGCUCUACAUGAUGUGAAGACGUAUCUGACAGAGGAAGGUGGCCACAUUGCUGUGUUUGAUGCCACCAACACAACGAGGGACAGGAGAGAUCUUAUCCUGAAUUUUGGCAAUGAGAAUGGCUUCAAGAUCUUCUUCAUUGAGUCAGUGUGUGACGACCCAAAUGUCAUCGCCACAAAUAUAAUGGAAGUGAAGAUCUCGUGCCCGGACUACCAGGGUUGCAACACUUCGGAUGCUGUAGAGGACUUCCAGAAGAGGAUUGAGUGCUACCGUGCCUUGUACCAGCCUCUGGACCCUGAGCAUGACCGGAACCUGUCCUUCAUCAAAGUGAUUGAUGUAGGUUGCAGGUUUGUAGUGAACCGUGUCCAGGACCACAUCCAGAGCAGGAUUGUGUACUACUUAAUGAACAUCCAUGUACAGCCGCGUUCAAUCUACCUGUGUCGCCACGGUGAGAGUGAGGACAACCUGCAGGGCCGCUUGGGUGGAGAUUCAGGCCUGUCUGCACAGGGCAGAAAGUUUGCAGUGGCGCUGACUCACUUUGUAGAAGAACAAAACCUGAGUGAGGUGAAGGUGUGGAGCAGCCAGCUACGCCGGAGCAUCCAAACAGCUGAGGCCCUGGGCUUGCCCUAUGAACAGUGGAAGGCGCUCAAUGAGAUUGACGCGGGUGUCUGUGAGGAGAUGACCUAUGAGGAGAUCAAGGAGAAAUACCCUGAAGAGUUUGCGCUGAGAGACCAAGACAAGUUCCAUUACCGCUACCCCAGAGGCGAGUCCUACCAAGACCUGGUUCAGAGGGUAGAGCCUGUCAUCAUGGAGCUUGAGAGACAAGAGAAUGUGUUGGUCAUCUGCCAUCAAGCAGUCAUGCGCUGCCUUCUGGCCUACUUCUUGGACAAAAGUGCUGAAGAGUUGCCCUACCUCAAGUGCCCCCUCCACACAGUGUUGAAGCUCACACCAGUUGCCUAUGGGUGCAAAGUGGAAUCCAUCUUCCUGAAUGUGGAUGGGGUGAACACACAAAGGGACAAACCUGAGGAGGCAAAGAAGGGUCCAGCUGUGCCCUUGCUCCAGAGGCGGAACAGCAUCACCCCACUGACCAGCCCUGAACCCUGCAAGAAGCUGCGGAUCACCAACAUGUCUCCCACCCCCCCACCAUCUCCCUGCUCAGCCUCAGCCCUCCCUCCUGCCCUGCCAGGACAGAGUCUGCGGAGAAAUGGUUCAGACCUUCACGAGGCUGUCCAAGUCUUCCACUGAGACCAGCUGGCAUGGUUCCCCACAGCUUCAUGUGGGAGGUGACAAACAGGACUUUCUCCCAUGUCUGGUUCUUGAUGAGCCUAAAGUGCUGCCCUAGAUUUUGCAAGGGCAGGUUGCUCUACAUGGGAGUUUCCAUACACACAUUGCACAUUUACAGAAACAAUUGAUGUAACUGGAGGGAUGAUGGAAGUGAUACGGAGAAAUAGGAACUCUGGGUGUGUGCAUUACUUUUCUUCACUGAAGAAACCUUGAAGGACCCAAGUGUUCAUACACCGAACUGCAUGGGUAGUUUUGUGUAGUCCAUAAGUGAAAAGAAGGCUUUGAAAUGCCACCAAAGACUUUUUUUUUUUUUUUUUUUUUUUGUUUGUUUUGAGUAACACUGACUUCCUUUCUCCUAUUUCUUACCAUUUUCAUUUCACACCCAUAUGCACUAAGGUUACUUUCUUACACUACCAAACAGGAAUGUUAAUCUCAACAAAAAUAACAAGUACUUAUUUUGUUAAAUUAUUUCUAGUACUUAAACUGUCAGCCAUAACUAAUGUGGCUUUGACAGACUACUGCUUCUUUGGGCAAUACAUAAUUUACUGUAUAUUUACAGUGCUUUUGUUAAUUGCUGUAUAGAAACUUGGUUAAGUAGGUCCAGUUAGUGAUUAAAUUUUUUAUUUUGGGAGGUAAUGAGAUUUGUAUGCAUGUUUUGGGAGAUGACAAAACAGGUUUGUCCUCCGGUGCACUUUUUCCUUCCAUUGUUUAGGGUGGAAAGGCUGACUGGUUGAUUGACACACAGUGCCUAGUGCUUUGUUUAUAAGCUUUCUUACGAAGGGCCGUGUGAACCCCGGCUCAUAUCUGCUGCUCUAGACUGCUCAGGUAGAACAUCAGUCAUUUUGGUUCCUAACGCUCUCUGCACUAUAAUUAAUGGUUAAUGCACAUCUUAGUUAAUUCAUCAAUUAACUGUUUUCCCAGAAGAGCUGAAGCAGUGUGUUUAACUGUUGACAUGUUUUUGGGUACUUAAAGAUGUGACUAAGUUUCAUAAAUGUGCAAGCGUCCAACUGAAAUUCCAGGAAUAUAACGGUGCUGGGAGAUGAGUGAGAUUUUGUAGAUGCUGAUUGCUCUGCUCUAAAUUUGGGGACCAAAGUGUGUGUGUGUGUGUGUGUGUGUGUGUGUGUGUGUGUGUGUGUGUGUGGACCUGAUGAGUACACUGUCUUGUCUGUGCAGACAUCCUGGAAUGUGUGUAUGCGUUUGGUAAAGAUGCUUGAAUUUUGUUUGCCUCCUGCUAACUUAUUUAUUUUGAGUACUGAGGUACAAUGGACUUUUUGUAUACAUGUUAAUGUUGAAUAUACAGGGUUUGCAUCAGACAAAAGUAUAUUUUGUAUUUGCUGGACCAAUAAAA